CUCUUAGAUCAGCCUCUGACCUCUCUGUGUUCUAUGGCUGUGGCUUCGAAGGAUACCAAGACACUCUAAUGGUCCACUCACAACGACAAUUCUACAAAGAAUGCUAUAUCUACGGCACCAUAGACUUCAUUUUUGGUAACGCAGCUGUGGUCUUCCAAAACUGCAUGAUCUACGUCAGAAGGCCUCUAAAGGGCCAAGUGAACGUGAUCACGGCCCAUGGACGAAACGACCCAUAUCAAAGCACAGCGAUUUCGAUCCACAAUUCUCAAGUCCGGGCCGCGCCUGAUCUCAGGCCCGUCGUCGGCUCCUUUAAAACGUACUUGGGCCGGCCCUGGAAGCUCUACUCUCGAACCGUUUUCCUCAAGUGUUAUUUGGACCGCUUGGUGAGCCCUUCUGGAUGGUUGGAAUGGGACAGGUCUUCUUUUGCGCUCAAGACGUUGUACUAUGGAGAGUACAAGAAUUUUGGGCCUUCUUCUAAUACAAGACGGAGAGUCCAAUGGCCCGGUUUCCACGUCAUAACCAGUUCAAGUGUGGCGUCGAGGUUCACCGUCGGUAACCUCAUUGCCGGCAAGUCGUGGUUGCCGAACACUGGUGUGCCGUUCACGACCGGACUUUGAUCACGUUGACUUUGAAUAUUUAUAUUUGUUUAUGAUUCAAAUAUAUUAUUUAUUUGUUUGGGCAAAAGCAUAAUUGGGUUGGUGAUUAACUAUUGAAUUUUUGUACAUUUUUUUAUUUAUGUACAAUUA